CAAUGCUUCUUCGCGCCUUGCAUUCUUAUUGCGUAAUCUCUCUCUCUCUCUCUCUCUCUCUCUCUCUCUCUCUCUUGCCGCCGCUUUCAAUCUCCUCCUUCCCGGAAAAUUCCCAGUCCGGUGACCUCUCUCUCCCUCUCUCUGUAGAUACACACACACACACACACACACGUAUAUACACACUUUUACAGACACAGAGCUCUCUAUCUCUCUACAGAUGGAUUACAGUAAAUUGACUCUGGCGAAGAGAACUCGGCUCCAAGAACAAGUAUUUUUCCAGCAGUACAACGAGGAGAAGAAGAAGAAGAAGGCCGCGGAGAAUCAGAAGGCCGCGGAGAAGCAGAAGGAGCCGGAGUCCUCGGCCGGCGAUCGAGGGAGCAGAUACGGAGAUUCCGGCGACGGGGCCGCGGCUGACGGCGGCGAUUCCAGGUACGUGGCUGAUUCAGGUCAAUUCCAAGCCAACGUUGGGAAUGUGGGUUUUCAGGAGGGUUCUGGUUCUGUUUUUCAUAAGGAACGGAUGGAAAAGAAUCAUGGGGUUUUGAUUGAUGAGGAGAGAGAGAAUCAGGGGAAUGUGGGUAGGGUUGAAUCGGAGAAAACGUGUGAGUCUAGGAAAAAGAUAAGAACUGAGAAGUUGAAGAGAAACAGUAAAGUGGUUGAAACGUUUGAUGAUGAUGAUGAUGAUGAUGAUGAUGUUGUAUUCUUGCGGGUGGAUUAUAGUAAGGCAAAGGUUGGAGUUGAACGAGGUGCGGCGGGUUCAAGUUGUGAUGGUGGUUCUAAGGGUUUGAAGGGGACGACGGGUGAGAGUACGGAAUCCAACGCCAGUGGUUCGGCGGAGUCGGUUUCUGGCCCGGGGGACUCGGAGGAGUCGGAGAGUGAGGAGGAAAGCGAGGGUUCCAGUGACCAGGAUUAUCUUGGUUCUGGUGAUGAUGAUUUGGAUGCUUCAAGUUCAUGUAGCGAUUUCGCGGAGGAGGAUGAUGAGCCAGGUGUUCGGAAUGGAAAGGGGAAGGAAAAAGCGGCUGGAAUGGGGAGAGAGGAGAGGGUUAAAGCCGGAUUGAAGAGGUGUCGGGGAAAAUCGCCGGAGGUUGUCUUUUUGCGGCAAUCGGGUGUGGAAGGAGAGGCAGAAGAUAGGGUUCGAUUCAAGAGGAGACAAGAGGAAUCGCCCGAAGUUGUUUUUCUAGGGCAAUCACGCGGAGAUGGAGGAGAAUUGAAUGGUGAUGAUGUGAGGAAGCGUGGGUUUGUUGAGGGGGAUGGAGAGGAGGAAUCAACGGAGAGCCGAGGAAGAGGUAGACCCCUCGGGAAAAAGAAUUAUAGUUUAGUUGAUGGGGAAAGAGAUGGGUCUGGUGGGUUUAAGAGAAAGAGAUAUUCUGGGUUGGAUAUUUUGGUCGGUUGUGACGAAGAACAAGAUGGGAAGGAAGAAGAGAGUGAAGGGCCAAAAAGUGUAGCGGAACGACUUCGUUUGCGGCCGCGACGUGGGAACAAAGAGGAGCUUGGGGGCGUUAGUUGCCCUUUUACUCUUACCGAUGAGGAUGAGGAUCUCGAAUCCUCCUCAUCUGGGGAGGAUGAGGACACAAACGAGAUCAGUGAUAGGAGUGAGAAAAGCAAAGGGAAGGUCGGGAGGCCGCCGGGUAAGGGAAGGCGCGAUCAUGGGGAUUCUACUGCUCCAAUGUCGGUCAACGUUGAUGAAGAUAUCUGCUGCAAAGAUGGCGAACCCGUGGGGAAAGCUCGUGAGAAAGCAAAAGAGAAGGUCGGGAGGCCUGCUAAGAGAAGGCCUUCAAUACCUGUGGCGAAGAUCCUUGCAGAUUCCAUUUUGCAGAAGGGUGAUGUGCUUGUGGAGGAGUUGGUUUCCUCAAAGGCUCCUGAUAUGGAACCAACACUACCACUCAAGUUCAGGUUUUUAGACGAGGAACUGAUUACUCCAGAGAAAUCGCCUUCGGAUACAGAAGCGGAUAAACUUUUUGCAGAGAUGGAUUUCGUUCUUGCAGCUUGUGCGAUUGGUGACUCAGAUUCUUCCAUGGUUGACAAUGAGGAUAAUUUUACUGAAGAGACUGAAAGUGAUCCAGCAACCUGUUGCCGUCAAGGGAAGCAUCAGCUUGUUCUUGAUGAACAAAUUGGCCUUAAAUGCAAAUUCUGCUCUUUUGUGAAGUUGGAGAUUAAGCACAUUUUGCCUUCUUUUAGUAAGCAUCCGCUGGGAAGGCCGGACAAGAAUUACUGGAACAGCAGUGACCAUUUCAAUUUCGACAAGCUGCAGUUCCAAGACUCUGCAUCUACAUGCAAUUCUAAAGGCCACAUUUGUGCUGAAGGCACAGUGUGGGACACAAUUCCUGGGACUAAAACGAGUAUGUAUGCACAUCAGCGGGAAGGUUUAGAGUUCAUUUGGAAGAAUAUAGGCGGGAGCAUUUACCUUGAAGAAUUGAAGAACAGUGCAUGUGAUGGUGGAAGCGGAUGCAUCAUCUCCCAUGCCCCGGGCACAGGUAAAACCCGUCUUGCCAUAGUUUUUCUCCAGACAUUCAUGAAAUUAUAUCCAGAAUGCCGGCCUGUAAUUGUCGCUCCAAGAAGCAUGCUUCUCACAUGGGAAGAAGAGUUCAAGAAGUGGAAGGUUGGGAUUCCCUUCCACAAUCUGAAUCAACCGGAGUUUUCUGGGCGGGAAAAUGAAGCAGCCUUAAAUCUGCUAAAUAAAGCCGGACGCCAAGGAAAAAAUAUGAAUUCAGUUCGUCUGGUGAAAUUGUAUUCAUGGAGAAAGGGUCAGAGUGUCCUGGGGAUUAGCUAUAGGCUAUUUGAGAAGCUUGCUGAAGAUGGAAUUGUUUCCACAAAUGACGAAGGAGGUAGUAAAACGAAAAGAAAAUUUAAACGAUAUGCCGAAGCUGAGAUGGUUAGGAAAAUGCUUCUCGAACUUCCAGGGCUUUUGGUACUUGACGAGGGCCACACUCCUCGCAAUGACCAAAGCUUAAUGUGGCGAGCCCUUUCGGGAGUGGAAACCCAAAGGCGAAUCCUCUUAUCUGGGACUCCAUUUCAGAAUAACUUCGAUGAACUCUUUAACACGCUCUGUCUAGUUAGACCGAAGUUUUGUGACAGAAUUGUCACCGGAAUUAAGGGAGAUUCCCGAAGGAAUAGAGGGAGGGAGGGGAGGAAAGGUAGAGGGAAAUGGGCUUCUCUGACCAAAUCAAUUGGAAAGGAUGCGGGUGAUAAACUCAACGAACUCAGAGCCCUGAUUGACCCUUUUGUGCAUGUGCAUAAAGGUAUGAUACUUAAGGAGAAUCUGCCAGGGUUGAGGGAUGCUAUGGUCUUCUUAAAUCCAACUGAGUUUCAGAAAACUCUAAUUGGAGUUAUUCAAGGUCGGCCCAACGUAUUCAAUCGGGACCACCUAGCAUCUUUGAUUUCUGUCCACCCUUCCCUCUUGCUAGGACAUGCCUUAUCUGAUGAAGAAGGGCUCUCCAUUGAUACAAACGAGCUAGAAACGCUUCGGUUUGAUUCUAAAGCCGGUGUGAAGACCAAUUUUCUAAUGGAACUAAUCCGCCUUAGUAUGGCGGUGAAAGAAAAGGUUUUGGUCUUCAGCCAGUUCAUUGAACCACUGACUAUCAUCAGAGAGCAGUUGAAAUCGAGUUUUGGUUGGACAGAAGGAAAAGAUUUGUUGUAUAUGGACGGGAAGAUUGAGGCAAGACAUCGCCAGUCGUCGAUUUCUUUGCUGAAUGAUCCGGAUAGUCAGGUUCAGGUACUUCUGGCAUCAAUAAGGGCUUGCUCUGAAGGCAUAAGUCUGGUUGGGGCAUCAAGAGUAGUCUUGCUUGAUGUUUUAUGGAACCCCUCGGUGGAAAGGCAAGCCAUAAGCCGUGCAUACAGGAUAGGGCAGAAGAAAGUGGUGUAUAUCUACCGUUUGAUCACGUCAGGAACAAUGGAGGGUGAGAAGUGUGCAAGGCAGGCCGAGAAGGACAGGUUAUCUGAGUUGGUAUUCUCUUCUGCGGAUGGAAAACUUCAUAGGAAGGAAACCAUCUCACGUGCAGUCAAUGAUGAUAAGAUACUGGAAGAGAUGGUUCAGCAUGAGAAGAUCAGCUAUAUGUUUGAGAAAAUACUCAACCAACCGGAAGAAUCCAAUUUGAUCCACACUUGUGGUUAGUUUCUGAGAAAUAUCCCAGCAUUCUGUUUCGGGGUUAUUGAUAAUCUGCAUAGGUGGUGUUUUGAAGCCUGAAAUUUAUGGCACUGAUGCAGAAAUCGGUGCGGUUUACAACGGUUGAGCAUUUCUUACAUCUCUCUAUCGCAAAUGGGUGAUUCUUUGUAAGAAUUUUUUGAUGAUAUCUUGUGAAUAACACUAUGAUUUAUAGAUUUUACAAGGAUUUGGAGCAUGUUCAUAGAUGAAGUUUUUCUGGGAAUAUUGAAACUUCUAAUAUGAAAACAUCAUUCUUUGCUUGUCAA